UAGCCCAAAGUAGCGGAGUAAGAGUAGUGUUUUUUUUUUCACAAAUCUACUCAAGUAAAAGUAAAAAGUAUGGCUUACUAAAACUAAUCUUAGAAUUACAUUUUUCUCAAAAACAUAGGCGGAGUUUGACUUUUGGGGCAGGGGAAGCACAACAUGUCGAUAACCCCUAAAUCCAGUGUCAACAAUAAAAUUAACUUACAAGAAUAUUUAUAAUAAUAAGUUGAAAAUGAGCGUUUUUUUGUUUCCCAUCAUUCUCGAGGGGAAUUCCAAAUCAGGCUGCGUAGGACAGCUAUACACUUUUCGCUAAGAUCAUUCAUCCAUUGAAUAUGGUACGCCCACCGGUGUCAUGCCAAUGUGGUUACCCCCGUCAAAAAUUGCAUCCCCUGGGCGGAUUCCCUGAUUUGAUUGAUUUCCGUGUUCUGGUGAUGAAGGAAUCUACAAGGUCUUAAAACAUGGCCCAUCCAUAAAAAGAAAGCUUUUUUUCCCCCUGUCAUAUAACGUAAUAUACGUACUGAACGUAAAAAAAGGCAAUGCUUUAGUGUUUUACUCGUAGGUUGACCUAUAACUGUUAUUACUGUAAUCCAAGUCCUGUAUGGAGUUCCCCCAGUUUAAUAAACGUUGAUGUCCGAAAUAUAUAACUGUGUUUCGUUUCUGGCUUCAAUUAAUUGUUCAAGUUGACAACUCUUAACGUGUGUGCGCUCCCGCGGCUAGGGGAUAUAAUUUUUGAUGGGGUAACGACAUCGGCAAGACACCGGUGGUGGCUCUGUUGUACAAUUAGCGUCUUUAGUGAGGCAAAUUGAAACUCCGCUCACCAUUAUGGCGGUGCUCACUGGCGUUUCAUGGUCCAUAUUUUCAAUCCUUGGUUCUUGUUCAGGAGUUGUUGCCGCUUUUGAAAGCUUCUGUUUGAAAAAAUUGUGUACUGUAUAUAUGGCGGAAAACACUCAGGUGACUUGAAGUUCCGCUCCGAGACCCCCAAUUUGACCAAAUUUCAAAAUUGUCCUAUAUGCAAGUGUGAUACAUCAUUGGAAGCUUAAACUCGCAAUUUUCUGGGAAAAGAAAAAUUUUGAACAGGAAGGCAUUUAAAAAAAAAAAAAAAAAAAUUAAACAGCAAAACCCUAACUGGAGGCUAGAGCACGCGAGAGCAGCAUUAAAGACGCCAUGAUUUUAACGAGAUAUUAUCGCGUACUUACCUUGUUUCGAUCCAAAAACUUCAUAUAACAUGUAUCAUCGAGUGUCAAGACACAGAUGUGAAUGGCCACAGCCGGAUUUUGGGGGGAUUUUAUGGAUGAAACAUGGUAAUAUAACACGGGGCGUGAUGCAGGAAUUGCAGACAUCGAGGAGUGGUCGAGAUGUUCUUUUUCAUAUAUUUACCUUAUUAAACGUGUUUUUUUUCUAGUUUUCUUUUUUUUUUUGGAUCGAUUAUUUAUCAUCUAACGUAUUGGGGAAAUUGCAACAGUAACAAAAAAAAUACAAUUAAUCGAUAGUUAUGAGGUAGAUAGCCGUGACUUUUUUACAGACGCCAUUUUUUUCAUAGUAACGUAAUUUGUUUAAACGUUUAAAAUAUGCGAGUGAAUAAUUUUUUUAAGUCGUUUAAAAAAAGAAAAAAAAAAUUAUAAACGAAAUAUUUGACAUCAAUUAAUGAUUCUAAGCUAAAAAUGACAGACACUUUGAUCAAUUCAUAUAAUUACUUACCUUCUUCUUACGGCUGGGUUGAAACAAAAGCGGUUGCGGGACAUCUGUAAAUGGGGGUUUCCAGGGUAAAAUGGACAAAUUAAAAAUAGUUCUGGGGCUUAAUGCGCCAUGAAUCUGCUAUGGCAGCAUAUAGACAUAUUGUUCUAUCAAACACAACAAUUCUUUUGGCUUAAAAAACAGCAGUUUAUUUUAAAGAGGGGUGCAAGAGCAGAAACUGCUUUUUCAGUCUUGUCUGUGUUUUUUGCCAUAUAUAUGUAUAUUAAAAUUAUACUUCGGGAAAAAAGUGAAAAAACGUCAUGUAUCUCUUUCCAAUGCAAAAUCUGAAUAAAAACAUUGAACAAAAAAAAAAAAAAAGUGGAGUGGGGGGGCUACUUUGCUGGUUUUCACUCAUCGUGGUGGGUUCUGGUACCCAUUAACCGCGAAAAACGAGGGAAUUCAGUAUAGGAAAGUCAAUUACAUGCAAUGACACUUUUCGGCUACCCCGGGAGGGGGGCCCUUAAACUCCUCGUUUGCUCAAAAAGUUACUCAAGUAAAUGUAACGGAGUACAUGCAACGCAUUACUACCCACCUUUUAAUAUGUGGAAUUCUUGGAUUCAGCAUCCACCAUCAAUGAAAGAGAAGCCUUUUUGGACAAAGGAGUAGAAUGUAUGUACAUCUAAUGCAAUAAUAUAAGACGAAAAAGUUUAAUUAAAAAAAAUAAAUGAAUAAAUAUACAUACAGUAACAAUGACUGAUCGGUCCUAUGUAAUUGUUUAGCUGUCAUUAUAUUUUUGUUUUAUUUUAGUUUAUUAUAAAGUUAUUGCGGCAUAACCCAGUGUUGAUCCAUAGUGUAUGGGCUGUCAUGAGCACAGCUGUUUUACGGCAUCCCGUCUCAGUGGAUCACGUGUUGUUUGAAAGGAGAAUGCGCGUUAAAGAAUCCCACUUCCGAUUGAUGUCACCUGGGGACCACAAGACAGGAAGGAACACUUUGACGCCGCGUUGGUGUUUAUGUGAAACUUUCGAAAUCCGACUGAUAAUUUCAUCUGAAGGGAAUUUCUUGGAGUGGAGGGGAGAAGUGAGAGGGGAGGUCCUCGUGUUUUAGGGACCAGAUGUGUAAGAGAGGAGGGGUACAAACACAACCAGAAACACACCGUUCAAGCUGGCAGCACAGAACUUCGAGCUUCGCCAGAGCUUCAUCUGUAAUUUUAGCGAUCAACGAAUGUGAUACCAAAAAGCCAAGGGCAGUUGGAAAUCCAGACACAAGUGGAUUCCAGUUUUGACCUUCGACUCGACUGAUUUGCCAAAGACCAAAAGACGUAGCGGUUGCCAGUAUAUCGCUUCACAUUGGAGAACCGGCAGGAAAAGAACUUAUAUGUGACAAGCGAUGAGUCCUCUGCAUAAGGAGUGAAGGCUUGCAUGUACCAACAGAGGCGAAGGCAGAGUGCUAGUGGACGGGCCUGGGAUCUGCGCAGCUCCUCUGCUUUCUGCUGAGUGACACUCUGCUCAGCGCUGCCUGCACGUCUCAGCGCCCGUCUCCACAACUGAGUGAUAAGCAGAAGCCGAGACGCUGCUCGUCAUGUGGCUUUUCCUCGUACGCUCUCCACGUCAGAACUCUUGAGGUCUGAUUUGCCGGGCUGUCAGCUCAUCAGUCCACAAUGAAAGUGAAGAGAUGAGCCUGCAGCAAGCAGCCCUGCCUUUGCACUUCCUGCCCGUGGACGUUUGCUGAUUCAUGCAAUCCAGAAGAAGAUGCCUCCGUCACUCAAACACCUCAUCUGAGAAGCAGACCUUCAGAGCACUCAUUGUGCACCAUGGCAGGAGAGACUCAGCGAACGCAUGCUGUCAAAGAGCUGGGCGCUGAGUCCAAACUGCAGGAUGAGGGGACAGCGGUGCAACAGCAGAGUGACAAAACCACAAAGGAGUCUUCAGAGCACUUUUCAUGCGCGGACACUGAUGUCAGAGUCAGCAGCAGAGGCCCCAAGCUCGACAAAGUAAAAAAAGAGCAUAACGGUGCCCAGCAGCGUGAAGCCGUAAUCCGGCCACAGCAGGCAGGCAAGAUUGACUUCAGAUCACUGCAGAACAGAUCAAAGUUUGCCAUCGACAGAACCUGGUCCGGUGGCAAAGGAAGUCCCCAAUCACCAAGUGGAAAGGGGCGCGGCAGAGAGAAGAGCAAGCGGUCUGGAAAGUCAGAACGCGGCAACCCACAGCAUCUGUAUAGUCUCAGCAUUACAAACACUCGUUCCAAUCUUAACAUUGGAAUCGCCUACCCACAGCAGAAGGUUUCACCAGUGACAAAGCUGGACACCGGCCGUGGCCCACUCUCAGGCAGCUACAGAUUCCACACUCCCAGUAUACAAGAGAGAGAGGUUGAGAUACAGCAAGAAGAGGUCAACUACAGCCGCUGUUUCCAGGAGGCCUCCUCAAACCUUACCUCUUCAAGCUUUACCUCACAGGCGCUGGGAUCUUCAAGUGUGAUGUCAUCCCACCAACAUCUCCCUCUGGCACAGAAAAAGCAGCCUUCCACAAUGGAGGACAACAAUGCGCAAUCGGGAGCUCAGCUGAUCUUGAAUGACUUUCAGCUGAGUGCCUCUAACACGUGGCAGUCUCCUGAGAGGACUUUUAAUGGUGCUAACUAUGCCUCAUUGCAAAAAUCCACUGCUCAUACAGACAACAAGACGAACGCCCUCGUGCCUGGCUCCUUUCAAUAUGGAUAUAAUUUUUUGGAAGAGGCAACUUCUGACUCUUUUCCACGUGAACAGAACACACAAUCCCAAGACUUUACAGACUCUUCCCUCUCUUCUGUUCAUGGGACGCAAGAUUCAUUUUCCUUUUUGCCCGUAGAGGGGCCAAGCCUUGCUCAAAACAGCGCAAAGUUCUGCAAUGAGCAGCAGCCAGAGUCAAGAAGCUCUUAUCCCCACACCCAGCAGACACAGUUUAUUCAAGGGGUGGCAGCCUCCACUCAGUGCACAAGGAACCUCAGCGAGGACUCAACCAGUAGCGACAGCUCCGCUUCCACCUCACAGCAGCCGGAGAGAGGGAAGAAUGCCCUGCCGGAGAGCACAGACGGUCUCAGACGGGUCGAUGGUAAAGAUGCAGCCUUCCCCCCGGGGAGCACGAGGAACUGUCACCUAGAAGACCAAAGUGCUAAACAAAGAACGUCAGCAAGUGUGCACCACACAAGAAAUGUUCCACACACACAAAUGCACUUUCUUAGCAAAGCAUUAAACAGCUCAACAGUCAAUCGUGUUCACACAGGCUCAGUGCAAUUCGAUAAAAACAGCAAUAAUAGUGUUUUAAAUGGGUUAUCACACUCGUGGGAGGGGCUUAAUAAGACAUUUUUGCCAGUGGAGCAGAACUCUGUUCAGUUUAGUGAUGUGACUGACAAGUUUCAGUUUGAAAAUCAGUCUACACCUGACAAAAGGCUAAAUGUAUCAAAAGACAACAGAAUGCAAUGGCAGCAUAUAAGGCCAGCACCCGAAUUGAGUUAUCAAAGCAAAAUUAGUAAUCACAAAGUGUCCUACAUGGUUUCUCCUUCUGAAUGGCGGGAUGAUAACAAAUCACAUAAAAAUAGCUCGCUGAAAAUCCCCAGUUCAUUUCAAAGCAGCAGAAAUGGCGAAGGUUUUUCGAACCAAAGACAGGAGGCUGUCAAUCAGGUCUCAAAAUUCAAAGUAGAAAUGAGUCAUGCACAAGUAUGUGAAUCCAAAAAUAAGGCGUUGUAUUUUGGGCUCAACCAAACGAUUCCUGUAUCGUCGUCCAGGAACUAUAGCUAUUCACCCCUACAAGUUGCACCUAUGGGCCUUAUGAUGGUGUCACCUUACGAAUCCCCUUUGCCCUCCCCAGCUCAUACCCCUGCAUCCAGUAGUACCUGCUCAUCCCUUUCCCCAGCAUCCACCAGCCCAGUCAACAACACUUCUGAUGAUAGUCAGAUGUCAAAGUCAGGAGCCCCGGUCCCAUUUUAUCACCAGCCCCAAUCCAAAACCCAGUUAGCCCUCGAUCACAUAAACACUCACCCGCAUCAGUUUCAGGCUGAAGGCCAAAGAAACAUUGCUUAUGUUCCCGACAGAGACAAAGACAACAUGAUGGGCUACCUGCACAGCAACACACACACAAAGACAACAAUGGAUGGGAGCAAAGCUUACAUGGACAGUUAUGGGAUGGAGCACCAGCAGCCUCCCCCGCCUUAUUCUGCACAUCAGCUGUUCGCCACCUCAUUAACCACUGCAAAUCUUGACCAAUUAGAUGUACUUCUGACAUGUAAGCAGUGUGAUCAGAAUUUCAGCAACAUUGCUUCGUUUCUAGGACACAAGCAAUACUGCACACAACCCAACAUGCCGAAGUUAGAGGACAACAGGAAGUUCCACACAGAACUACCAAAAGCAGUGUCGUCGUCGCCUAAUGUUUCGAUGUCAAGAUGCCCCUCUGACCUUCAUCUUUCACUUUUGGGCCUUAACAAAAAUGGAGAACUGAUAUCUGACAAUGAAGUAAAAGUUGACGGUAAGGACGAUCCAAUGAAACUCAACUUGUUCCAUGGGCCAGGCAACCUCCCCGCACCUCUCCCUGAACUGGAACUGGAGGAUGCCAAGUUAGACAGCUUGAUUACAGAAGCUCUAAAUGGGCUCGGGUAUCAGUCGGACAAUGCCGAGAUAGACAGUAGCUUUAUUGAUGCUUUUGCUGACGAUGACCUCAACACUGUCAAAGCCACAUCAAACAAACAGUCUGUGAAAACAAAAGAAUGUGUCUUAAAUGAGAACAAAGAUAAACAAGCAUCCGUUGACAGCAGCUCUUCCACACAGGAAAACUCUUAUUAUGACACAGAUGUUGACAGCCCUAAAAGAAGUAAAAAAUACGGCGACAAGCAUAUAACAAAAACAGCUCUGGAUUUUGGGCACAAUCAGAAAAAAACAAACAUGAAAAAAGAGAUUUCUCCUAAAAAUCUCAAAACUGCCUCGAGGGAGAAGAUGAAGGAGUGUGAGAGUAAAGUGAAGGAGGCAAGAAAGCUAUGCAAAAGUGGCGAUGAAAGCACAAGCACCACAAGAUUUCUCUUAUCCAGCAAGUUCUCUGAACGCUGCUCUUUUAAAAGCUUCCAGGAAAGAUCUUCACUUCGAGCGUCUAUGCCCAUCCAAACUUCCACAUCUCCAACUUCGAGAACUGCAGUGAAAGGGAGCAAGAGAAGAAGCACUGGUGGUGGCACCUGGAGCAAAGAACUCAUACAUAAAAUAGUCCAACAAAAAAAUAAGUUCAAUGUUAAAGGCACCAAAAACCUUCAAUUUUCCUUAGUGAUGGAAAGACUCACCCCCACUGCGCAGAACCCCGCAUUCGGAGAGUACGACUAUGUUUCAGACUCAGAUGAUGAAUGUGAGCCAGUAAAAAUUGUGAGUCAAGGCCGACCGAACCAAAGUAGUCGGUGUAAAUACACAUACACCAAAGAGUGUAAAUGGCGAGCUCGGAGUGAGAGGGACCAGGCAGCGUGGAGGCAUGACUCAAAAGAAUGUUUUGAGGUGAAGAAAAGUGAGGAGAUUUCUCUUUCAGCUGAAAAACAUGGUUCCCCCCAAAGGCUCAAGAGGAGGGGUAGCCGGUCCUCCACAAGCAGUGAACUCAGCACAUCUCUGAGUGUUUCAAGCGACAGCAUAAACAGCCCUAAAAGCAUUGAGCGCAUUGAAACAGACUAUGAGAAGAAGGCCGAUGCUAUAAACCAAGAAUUUCAGGAGGAGAAAAGUAACAAAAAGUCCUCCCCGAAGAAGACAAGUAGUGAGACCAGCACAAUAGCGCUGAGGUUUACUAAACCUUUCAAGAAGUGUGAAGUUAACCAAGCCAAUCCCUCUGACAAAAAAGACUGUACAAAGAAUUCAACUAACGGUAUUGCACAUUCAGAGGUUGUUAACCCAAUCUCAUCUUCAUCAAAAAUGACAAUUAGUAAAUCAGAAGAAUUGAUGUCGAACAGCAAAGAAAAUAUCCCAACUGUCACUUUGGCCACAAACGUACUAGAAAGCACAGACAGUCUGUGCCCAAAGGAGGAACAGAUACAUUGCAACAGUGCAGAUAUCAAGGCAUUGCAGUUUAUUUCACACUCUUCCACUAGCAACAAAGAAACUGAUUCCAAUAUUGACAAAAAUAAGAAGAGCAAAAGAAGACAGAGGCCCCGCUCCACAACAGAAGAAGUGUCAGGCGGCACUCAAUUUGAAAAACAGAGUGACAACACGUGCAUGGCGAAGGAGGCUAUUGCUUUAGUAAAUGAGCUCGACUCACAAAAACCUACAUCUCUUUGCACCUCCCUAAUGGAUGAAGUGUGUCUUUCACCUAGCCGAAACCAAGGUCCCUUGAUGCAAAAAGACACAAUCCACCUCAUGCCCUACACCCUAGAUCAGGAUCAGGGGCUCAUGAAGUCCCCGCUUACAUUUGACACAUCAUCAAUGUUUAGCGACCUAGCAACGUUCGACACUGGCCUUUACCCUGACAUGCCGAUUCACAAAGAGGGUUUCCAUUCAUUAGAGAACACCAUUGACAAGAAAGACGAGUUUGUGCCCUCAUUUUCUCCUUUUCUGGAACAAAGAGAUUGGAACCUAAUAGUAAGCCCAGUGCUACCAGAUGAGAUUUCUCAGUAUAAAGGCAAUUUUGAUAAAUCCAACGAAAAGAAAUCAGAUUACAAUGAUGUUUCCUUGUCUCUGCCAGAAAAAAUAAUUGACUACAGUGCAAGCCCUAACAACUGUGCUUCCGAAGAUGAAUUGGAAAUAAAGCGAAUUGUGAACGAGCUAGAAAACCAGCUGCAAACAACUAAAUUGGAAACUCCACUCAGCCGGGAGGAGCCAAAGCAGCUGCAAAUGAGCAAAUUCUCACCUUUACGUCUGAGUGAAGAGUCAGAAAAUGAUACCAGAGAUGUCCCGGUGCCCUCAGAAACUUUCAGUGAACCAGAACUUCCAUGGAACGGGCCAUUCAAUUUCGAUCUGGUGGGUGGGCACACCAGCCCCCAUGGUAGUACUCACAGUGAGCCGGGGGUUCUUGAACAUUAUGCCAAGAAAGAGGGUGGUGAUUCAAAUGUAAUAAUAACAACCUCACAACUCUAUCCUGAACAGAAGCCAGAAAAGAAAAAUCUAAAAAAAGACAUUGCGAUUGAAACAACAGAGGACGUCUUAGAAAAGAAACCAUACACAGAAAACCUGAUGAGAAGUCUUGAGGUCAUGUCAGACUCUCUAUUCAAAAAUGAAUCCAUUAUAUCAGAACACAAGGAGCCAAAUGCCACCUCUCUCACCAUUCCACAACAAGAAAGUGAGUGUCAUUUAGCUGACGGACAGGAUAUCAAUGAAAAGAAGGCAAUUACUGGGAAGCAGAAUACAUUUUCACCUUCAAAUAUCAAGGACCAGAAGGACGAUAUUGAAUUCAUUCUCAAAGACUCACAGUCAUUUCUCCCUCACAGUACUGACCACAGACUGUCUGUAAACCAGCAGAUUUCAUCAGAGGCAAGUGAGCCCACCAAAAACAGCAUUAGCAAGGCCGAGAUGGAAUUAAUUUCAGAUGGCCACGUACCUGAGGCGAAUACGCUGAUUGAAUCUUCUCAUUGCUCAAGUGUGGCGGAUUCACAUGCAAAUGAGGACACUGACACAGACACAAAUAUGAAUCCGUUACCUCAGAAUUGUGACACCCCACCACAUUUAACAGACUGUUAUCAGGAAGCGGAGACACACAUUCCUUCUCUCCUCCGGUCCAGUGUAGACAUUCACAAGACAACAGAAGAAGUGAUGGCCACCGUCGGUGAAUUGAAAUGUAACCUCGCCGAAAGUUCUAUUGAAAACAAACAUUGUUCAAUGAAGAUUCACAAUGUUAGCCCGAAUCCUGACUUAUUAGUUGAUAUCGUGACCCCGGAUAAGCCUUGCAGCCCAAUUCUGUUGGAAAGCAACAUGGACAGUGCCCGAAACAGCUUAACAUUUCCAGACAUUAAAUCAACAGAACAAAACAGUCUGUUGGUACUUAGCCAGAUAGAAAGACUCAGUAAAAGUGAUGCUAAAGGUUAUCCCUGUGAUGCUCUUCAUUGCGAUGAUUCAUUGAAAAAUGAAUUAAACCUGUCAUUCAAUGCUGAACGUAAAAAAGAGGAUCUUUUAGAUGUUCCCAUUCAAGAAGACCCACCCGUGGACUUCAUAGCAAGACACCUGAACUCACCAUCCGGAGAGGCAGCUCAAUGUACUUUUCUACACACUUCCUCACCUAUCAGCCCGAUUUUGGCCCAAAAGGAAAUAGACAUCCAACAGACACAUCAAAGUCAAUGUCAUGGCUCUGUUGUUAUGAAGACAGCUGCAGUGAUAGACUAUUCUCUAACUAGCCCUCCUCAACUGGAAUGCCUUAAUUCUGAGCCCAAUAUACAUUCUACAGAUCACGUGUCCAGCAAAGUUCAGCAAUCAAAAACCUUUGACAAAAGCGAUCCUUCUAAUGAUUUCAAGCUCAGUACUCUGAAUUACAAAAACAACUCAGAUGAACCCCCCCAACUGACUCAAUAUGACUAUUUGCCAGUCUCACCACAGAGCAAGUUGGAUGAUAGUCCCAAUAUAAAACCGAGUUACAGUGACGAAUGUGAAAAAUGCUUCACACAGACAUUGAUUUUUAACAAACCAGCCACUGACACAACUAUGACACUAAACCCAGUUGGGGAAGAUAAAACUACCUUAUUAAAGGACCAACUGAUCACACAAGACAUGUGUUUGGGAUUUGCAACUGAAAUUCAAAGCACAGAUUCCUCAGCUUGUAAUGUAAACGAGGAUGCGGAGGUUGGGUCUUAUCCGGGUGAAUCAACCACCAAACAGCCUCUUCAAAAAGUUGAAUCGUCAUUAUUAGCAGAGGUAGACGCCAGUCUACUUCCCAUCCAAGACCUUCCACCGUUACUGCUCACCCCUAAGUCACUCAUCCCCUGUGCAAAUGGACCAUCAGUGGAAACUGAAGGGUCACUUAAAAAGGUUCAGAAGCACCUUCAGCCGGGGAAAGUACUUUGCGAAAUCUGCUUCCUGUGUUUUAGGACUGUGCCAGGUUUGAAGAGACAUAAGGCCAUGAAACAUGCGGCCAGAAGUGAAAAGCCAAUUGGUCCGCCAAGCACAUCAGGCAAUCGAGGGAUGCCGUUUAUUUAUGAAGCAUCACAAACGGGAGAGAAGGAACAUAAAGAUGACUCACAGCCCUCUCAGACCCAAAUAAAUGUGAUGACGGAGGCAAAUUCAACCCUAAUAUUGAAAGCUUUGGUGAAUGAGUCAGCCAGGGAGGAAAUGGCAGGCGAGGCAAGUACAGUGGCAGGGGAUGAAAUAGGCAAUCAAAAUUCUCUGCUGCCAACCAAAACAAAAAAGAACAGUAAAGCCCGGAAGAACAAAAACAAUGAGGAAAACACAAAGCUUGACCCGUUCUCAGAUGAGCUUUUGAAUAUAUUAAAGACAGACCUCCUUCAGGCUAUAACUCCUGAUUUUAAAAGCAGUAUGCAGCCCGAGCAAGAACAGCCUGACAGACAUGUAACUGGAACAGAGGAAACACGUCACAGUCUGACUUCAAACUCUGGUGCUGAGAAUACAUCGCAAUCUCCAACUGAAGAGAUAAAUGCUCUCAGUGAAACUACAGGAAUCCGUCAAGCCACAGAUACAGACAAGAUUGCAUGCCAGGACCUGUGUGAUGAAGUGAAAGGGGAAGUAUGCUCAGAAAAUAAUCCAACGUUUGAGCUAAAUAUCACAACAAAACACCAGGCAUCCAGGAAGAGUCUGUCCUCUGCAGACGGGAUCGAUGAACAUGGACAAUCAGAUGAGAGACUUGCGCAAGAGAUUCUCAGAAAAGUAGCAGUUGAGGUCAAGUGCGAACUAAAUGAGUCACAUCCGUCCACUUGUCUGACUCCGCCUCCGCCAACUCCUCCAGGUAUUAGUCCUGAUCUGAAGGCCUUGCUUGAGGAUGACACCAUAUUCUCGCAGUUGUUUCCCAGAGAUGAAGAGGCAAAAAGGAAAAGGUGCCAGCGAGUUUACGGAAAAAGAAAUAAAAAACUGAAACUUUCAUCUGAUUCCGAUGUCUCGCAGAGCUGCACCAAUCAACCAGAAAUACACACAACAACCACCCAAAUGGAAAGCCAAACAGAUAAGACACUCAGUCAAACCCCGCCCUGCGAAUAUGAGACUAUAUCUAUUGAUGAUACCAUCAUGCUAAACAUGUGUCACAACAGUGCACUAAAGGUCCCUGAUGUCAAGCCAGUAUUUGAUGCUAAACAGAAUGAUCAAGAAGAGCUCCAAAACAACAACCUUUCAAAUCAAUUUCAAAGCACUGUUGAUCUAAGAGGCAUUAAUGCAGACUCUUCGAUGACUUGUGAGCCAAACACCAGUAAAGCAGGGACUUCAAGCCCAACUUGCUCUUUGCCCCCGCCUGGCGAUGCCUCCACUGUGGAGCAGAGUGGCACAGAGAGUACGCAAAACCUCAACAUUGACAUCCAAAACAUCAACACCACCUUUCAACUACCCGAAAUUCAGUUCUUUGACUCUAGCAAAGAUGUCUCGGUGUCUCCUCCAACUGGAACUGGUGAUGUGGAGAACAAAGAUGAUGAAAAGUCUAAAAAGUUCAUGGAGCGGCGCGGCCGAAAGCGACAAGAAGGUGGAAUGAAAGUUAAAGAAAAGCAGUACAAGUGCAAGGUGUGCUUCACUUGGUUUCUCACUCUCGGGGAGCUCAACUUUCACAAGUUGUCCCACAAUCCUUCGCCUCCCCCAACAUGCUACAUGUGUGUCCAGCGCAAAUUUAGCUCAAGGGAACAGUUGCGAGAUCAUCUGUGGGAAAAGCAUGCAAAGAACAAAACUGGGAUUUGGACAUGUGGAAUGUGCUUGAAAGAGAUCUCGGAUGUGUGGAUGUACAAUGAGCAUUUGCGAGAACAUGCCACUCAGUUUGCUCGCAGGGGGCAGAGCCAGGGCUCAAUGUUAACCAUUCCAGGCUGUUUUAUGCAAGAAACGGCUGUAAAGAACUUCAUCACUUCCAUCAUGCAGCACCGUCCGGGCAAAGCGAACAGAGAGUCCAGCAAAGCCCCUAACGAACACGAGAAAACUAGUCCUGCGAACGGCACCUCGGAAGUAGCUAAAACCCCAGAAAAGACUGAGCGAAAGCUUCAAAAAUCAAAGGGCAGCGGUGGAAGUGGCAGCAAGAACACGCUUACCCCACUCGAGGUAAUUCACAAAACGGAAGCUCCGAAAAGUGUGGAGAUGCAUCCCAACUGCAAAGACCCCUCCAGAGACUGCCACCACUGUGGGAAGCGCUUCCCUAAACCCUUCAAACUUCAGCGCCAUCUUGUUGUACACAAUUUGGAAAAGAUAUUCCUCUGUCACAAAUGUCCAGUCUCGUAUCAAGAGCCCCAAGAUCUUAAAGAGCAUUUGAAGAUGGCACACAAGGAAGUUGACGAGCUCGAGUCUAAGCACACCACCCUCUACACCUGCGAGCUGUGUGCUGAUGUCAUGCAUGUGAUUAAAAAGUCUUUCAUCUGCAGCACUUGCAACUAUACCUUCUCUAAGAAGGAGCAAUUUGAUCGCCACAUGGAAAAGCAUCUGUCAGGGGGAAAUAAAAUCUUCAAAUUCCGAGGCGUUCACAGGCCUGUCAAAGCCUCUUUGCGCAAAGAAGAUGAAUGUGAUUCCCCUGCCAGUAAAAAGAGAAAGAUUCUCUCGGACAGUCUGCAGGAGAACAGCACAGACAGUGGCAUUGCCAGCGUGGGCUCACUGCACUUAAAUCAAGCCAUGGAGACGAGCACUCCUAAAGAGACUGUGGCCAUGUUAGAUGACUCUACACAGACCACUACUAAUGACUACCACAGUGAUACAAACAGCACAAAUGUAAAGACAGAGGACAUAGCUGAGGAUUACACUGAUCUCCUGGUAGAGUUGGAGAAAUGUAUUUCUAUCGGCUCCUCGUCUGCCGCCCCUAAGGAGGAGGAAAUUGACAGAACACCCACACCUAAUCUCAACAAAGGGGGUAAUGGAGAAUCGACAGCCGAACCAUGUGACGUGAAAGAGGAAAAUGAAUCCGUGUCCAUUAGAGUGGAGACCCCCCAGUGGUCAGCAUCUCAGGAGAGAACUAGUGUGAGGGAGGAGACAACUAAAGUGAAUCAGUACUCUGCUUGUGGUGACCCAGAAACAAGUGAUUCACUUCCACCAAGUCAAGACUCUUUCAGUAGUCUGAGAGAACAUCAAGCCACUACAAAGACACCUGAGUCACAGCUAGCAGCUGAUGUAACGGCUGAUAAUUGUACUCACACUGCUUUCAACAAACAAACUUCAUUUAAUGCAGUGGAACACAAGGACAAAGGCAGAACAAGUGAUAGCGUGAAGCCCAGCAUGAAGGUCACCGAAACAACGCAUAUCCUCCAAUUCAAGGCUCCGGCCCCCUCUUCUGAGUCAAAUGAAGAGAAAGAAUCCCAAAGAGCACAAAAGAAGAAAAAAGAUAUAAAAUCCCCACACUACCAACAGAGAGUUUCCUUCCCAGCAACCCAGGAGAACUUUGUUGUGGACUCAAAACCCAAGAAGAAGUAUCACCCAAGCAAGUGUUUAAAUCCGUCAUCGCAAAGAAAAUUCGAUGGCCCAAAUGACUACCCCGUUCUUGCAUCUGUGCGGGAUGAUGUUGUGAGCAACAAAAUCCUUUCCAAGUGCAAAACGUCAACCUUGGGGUUGCAAUUAAAACGAAGUUUGCUUGAUAACUGUACGCCAAAGAAAGCCGAUAUUGCGUCUCAACUCAACGGGGAUUACAAAAGCAAAAAGGGAACUGUGGGUCGGCCUCUACAUACCUCCAUUUCAAAAGUGUCUUCUGUUCCAAUGAACAAUUCCUUAAACAAGUCCAGGCUCAAACAGGGGGUUAGGUCAGUGGAGAGCCACUCCUACAGGACAGCAGAGUCCCAAAAUCACCUACUAAGUCAGCUGUUCGGCCAGAAACUCACAAGCUUUAAGAUUCCUUUAAGGAAGGACACGUCCGAAUCUAUUAACUGAGCGGACAUUGAGUGGUCUGUGAAUGAAAAACGUUAACAUUUCACAGCUUUAAUAAAUUUAAUACUUAAUUCAUUAUGGUGAAUGAGAUUGCACAGCUCUUUUCUGUGAAAUGCUAUCUUAAAUACAUAGUCACUUUAUGUCUUCUUUGUACAUGUGCUUGUAUCACACAAAUGUGAGGACAAAUGCCAAAUAUGAAUCUUUUCUGCUUUUGCUUAUAUAUAUAUAUAUAUAUAUUAUCUGUUCCAGAGAUUUUAUUUCAGAUGUCUAUAAGAAAAAAAAGAAUACUUGAAAAGACAAUGGCAUCCUUUUAAGAAAUGCAUGUUCAUUUUGCAUUCAUUACAUGGUCUGAUCCAUGUACGUUUUUCUUUGAAAGGACCAAAUGUUGUAAUUGUUGACCUGGACCUUUUGUCCAUGCUUCCAAUAUAUUAUUGUCUAUUAUUGUAACAUUACUGCACUGCAUUCUAUUAGCCUUUUGUAUAAACGUUACAUGGUGCUACGUUGUGUUUUAUUGUAAUGUGAAUGCCAAUGUCCUCAGAAGGGAAUAUGCGACCUGUAGCAGUUAUACAGCACAUUGAUCACAUUGUGUGUUUACUGGCUCAUUCGAGAUACUGUGUAAACUCUCCAAGGGCUCUAUCUGUAGGCUGCUCCCAGACUACAUUAGGAAAGAUUCCAUUGUAUAAACUCAGGUGCAUACAAGGGCUUCGCCGUCCUUCCACCUGUAUUCGGAGUUCUUCCCAUGCACUGAUAAUGCCAAACUCUCAUACAUACACACACAACACAAAGACAAUCAUCUGUGUCAUCUGUUUAAUACUGAAGAGUAUUUACUUGGACAACAAAAGGUGCUUUAUUUUGUUUAUACUGUAUGUAUCUUGUUUUGUAUAAUAUUGUAGGUAGGUCAUUGUUUGGUGUAAUGCAUCAUGUCAAAGUUUUAUUUUAAUAAUAAUGUGCAAAAGAAUGACAAGAAAGGGAAGUUCUUAAGUGCAGUCGGUGCCUCGUGCAAGCUGUAAAGUGGAUCACCAAGUGCCUAUUUUAUAGAUGUUAUUAAAGAUUUGUAUCGA